UAAAAGUGUCUCAGUUUAGCCGGAGCGCCACCUAUUCACCGGCGUGCUGUCCCUGAUGCAAUCAGACGAUUCCAGACUCAAACAAAUAAAUCAAAUAAACCGAGGAGCUAUAUUUCACUAAAGAGGAGUCUAGGAGCGAGUCCGCGGAGGAACGCUGAGAAGUUAUUUAGGUACACCAGAAGCAGGGGCAGCCAGCCGGGUGAUCUGAGUGUUUCCUGACUUUGAUGCGACCCGAGUGUGCCUGGAGCAUGUCCACAGUGGGCCUGACUGCCCAGGAGAUUUCUUUUCCCAUAGAAAACCUCUUCCUGAGGGGCAGCUACUGUCAAACCAUGGCUUGGUCCAAACCCUCUUGGAACUAUCACAAUGAGCUGGACAACUUCUACUUCAGUAUGGACACUGCACACUCAGAUAACAGCUCUCGUGCUCAUCAUAAAGGGCCACCUCCACCGUGUCUAAAUUAUGAAAGACAGAAACACAGUCCCAGUUCACAGAGAUUACCUCCAAAGAAAUCCCGGCCCUCCCAUCUCUCCUUGUCCUGCAGUACUGAACCAUCAACCCCAAGUCCUGCUGAUGACGACCAGGUGGUCCCCUCAUUCCAGAGGCUCUCGGUGUACGAGUGCAGCAGUCCACCGCAGACACCGGGCAGAUGCUCCAAGCCUCUGCCACCCAUCCCUCCACAAACGGACGUCUCCACUGAGCAGGCAAUGGACAAGGAGGUAGAAUUUUUCACGAGUUCGGACGAUAGCCGCUGCCUGGUGUCUGAUCAGUGUCCAAAAUCGUCUCCCUUUCGAUAUGGAGUCCCCAAUCGAAGGAGCUUCAGGGACUGUGGGCAGAUUAACUAUGCUUACUACGACGGCCCAUUAGGACCGCAAAGCCAGAAGCAGCCCAAGCAGCAGCAUCAGGCACUUCCUCCACAGGAAGUGCGGGAACAGCAUGAGCCGCAGCGACAGGAACCACCUGAGCCAGCGGUCUAUCAGAGACAGCAGGACAAAGCUCAGAGGAGACUGCGACGCUCGCACUCUGGCCCAGCUGGAUCCUUUAACAAGCCCUCGCUGCUGCGCCUCACGUGCCAAAAACGCCACACCCAAAGUAUGGAUAAGCCCGAGAUUCCACCCCCUAUCCCUCCACGAACAAUAAAGACGGGAGACUACCGCCGCUGGUCAGCAGAGGUCUCGUCUGGGGUUUACAGCGAUGAGGACAAACCACCCAAGGUGCCACCAAGGGAACCUUUGUCUAGAGGCAGCUCCCGCACCCCCAGCCCCAAGACCCUCCCAACAUACAUUAAUGGGGUGAUGCCCCCAACCCAAAGCUUUGCACCGGAUCCUAAAUACGUAAGCUGUCGUGGUUUACAGAGACAGCAAAGUGAGGGCUCCCCCUGCAUCCUCCCUGAUCUGGAGAAUGGCAAGAAGGCCAGUACCACACAUUACUAUCUCUUGCCUCAGCGGCCCGCUUUCUUGGACUCACCUUGUGUAGAGAGAUUUCUUCGGGUCAUGGAAAGCCCUGCAGCUCGCAAUACAGAUGUAUCUGACUUGGACUGGGAAUGUCACACCAAGAGGAAAGCACAUGUGGAUUUAGUUUCAAAAGUUUAAGUGGAAGUAGCAGAGGACUCUACUGUACUUGAGCAAAAGCCACUUGAAAAAAUUGUGAAACUGGACGCUAACAACCCAAAAGCUGCUGCUUUUACUUUUAAUUUUGUUGAACCCCCUAUGUAUUCUGAAUACACAGGGUAUCUGCACACUGUAUUCAGUUACUGGUAAUGUUAAGUAGCUAUCACAGCCAAGAUACUUUAUGUAAAAAAACUAUCUCUGACUAUAGCUUGUGGGAAAAAUUCCACAUUGUAGAGCUUUCUUUUGAUAUGAUUUUUUAUUUUAUUUCAUAACUUUCAAUAUUGUGCCGAUUUUGCUGAUGUUGUGGUACUGUCAGAGGCUACAAGCGGGCCUUGAACCUCAUGUGCUCAGUGUUUUUCUGUAUGUGGAAGGUUGAGGAUGUUUUGUGAGAUGCAUUGAAGCUGCUUUUGUAUCUCACAAGGGACAAAAGGUCAGUAAUGUAACCGUGAAUCAUUUAAUAUAUGAAGUCUAAAUACCAAGGCCAAUUAAUUUUUAACAAAAUGAAGGAUAUUAGCAGACAAAUCUCUUUUCUGUUUGCUAUUGUAUAUCAACACUGAUGUAGUUUCCCUGCUUUGAUGAAGUUUCAGUCUUACUCAGGCCACUAUAUCUGUGUAAAUUAAUGUUUCCCACACGGUACAUUUCUUUACUCAGAGGUGGGUACAUUUCUGGUAGCUACGCAUGUUUCCAAUGGAAUAUCUAGUGCAGCUUAUGUAUUGUAGUUGUCUGUUGAUGAGUGAGUGAGUGAGUGAGAGUGUGUGUGUGUGUGUGCAUGUUCGUGUGCGUGGACAUGUUUUGUGCAUGUGAGCAUCAGUUGGAAAAGUGUUCCGGUGAGACUUUAUAAAAAAUGACUUUCUACGAUUGGUGUCUGUCAACCAUACUUGUUACUGUGCUCUGCUUAUUUGCAGCGCCUGCUUUUGAGUACAGCCCUCUAAAAAGUGAUUGCUUUCCUUCAGUGUCCAGGUCUGUUUUGUUGCACAGAAAUUGGCCUGUUGAACAUUAAGUGAAUGCGAUUCUCACUGAAAUUCCAUCAAACAGUUGGAGGAGCUUAUUUUAUUUUGGUCAAGCUGUGAGUAAUUGCUUGGAACUAAUUUGCCUCAAGUACUACCUCCCUUUUUAUAUUAAUCCAAUAUUUCACAUACUCCCCAGUAAUAAAGAAAAACAAAUUAAUUCUAAUCUACAAAAGAUGAGGUAACCAGCUCCAUAUGUGACCUGACCAACUCGAGUACACUUCAGUUGAGCAUAACACAAAGGCAAUUUUAACCGGAUAUCCUUAAGUAGAGAUUUUAGAUCACGCGGAUCUUAGAUCACGGAGAUGUUAGGCUAACCUGUUAAUACAGACGUGCAUUACAAAGACAGUGCAGGGUUUACCUACCUGACACAGACUUUCCUGUUCUGCUCAUGCAUUCCUGCCUUACAUGAUUGCAGUGGGUGUGGUCUGAGAGACUUUGGCUGCUGGCAGCCUAGAAACUAUAUGAUUAUUAUUGUUGUAGAUUAUUCAAGUAGCAUCAGGGUGAUAUAGUACAUGUAGCACAUGUAUUGAAGUAACCCUUGGUAUUGAACACAGUGUUCAGUUUGGGAAAACGGAUAACUGCUAAGGUCAAAUGGUCAUUGAAAUAUACUUUCUCUCUCUCUCCCUCCUGCUCACAAAACCUUGUCAACACAAUGUUGCUUUUGACUUAAAUGUCUGAAAAAAUGUUUACAUCAUACACUGAUACUAUUUAAUCUUAAGGUAUUCAUAUGUCUUAUUAGAAAUAAUAAAACUGAAUGAAGACUAAUUUAUCAUGAAAUAACUUCUCUGCUGUGGUGAAGACAUGCACUGGGAGAGUAUAGUAUGGUGUGUGUACAGUAUUUAACAAUUACAUUUGUUAUGAGUAGUUAAUGCGUAUAUUCUUUAAAAAGAAAGCAAAAUAAAAUGACUUAUUUAUGAGCCCGCUUCA